AUGCCGAUAACCCAGAACACAAAGGGAUCAAGGCAAAGCCAAUUUCUCUGGAGGACAAUAAUGGCCCAGGCUGCUCGGAGGCGUCAGGACUGUUGGGGCCGAAUCCUCCUUUGUUUUCUCCUGGGGAUUCUGUGGGAGACCCGGGCUGAGCAGAUUCGAUAUUCUGUGUGGGAGGAAAUGCAAAAAGGUUCUUUUGUGGGCAAUGUGGCCAAGGACCUGGGGUUGGAGCCUUGGAAGCUUUCGGAGAGCAGAGCCCGCAUCGUCUCCAGAGGUAAGACGCAGCCUUUCGCUCUGAAUGCUAGAAGCGGCAACUUAGUGACCGCGGACAGAAUAGACAGAGAAGAGCUUUGCCCCAGGACCCCAAAGUGCCUUUUAAAUGUCGAGAUUCUAAUGGACGACAAAAUAAACAUUUACGGAGUGGAAGUAGAAGUGAUGGACAUAAAUGACCACGCUCCCCGCUUCCGGAUAGACGAAGUGGAAAUAAAAAUCAGCGAGAAUGCAGCUGUGGGGACAAGUUUUCCACUGCCGAAUGCUAGGGAUCCAGAUUUGGAAAUGAAUUCCCUCCAGAACUAUCAGCUAAGCCUAAACCAUCAUUUCUCUCUGCACGUGCAAAGCAGAGCCGAUGGGGCCAAGUACCCGGAGCUGGUGCUGGAGAAGGCCCUAGACCGGGAGGAGGGACCUGUCCACUACCUCACCCUUAUGGCCACGGACGGGGGAGAUCCUGUCCGAUCAGGAACAUCGCGAAUCCGCGUAACUGUUCUUGAUAUAAACGACAACCCGCCAGUGUUCCCUCAGUCGGAAUACAGCGUGAGUAUUCCUGAGAACGUGCCCAAGGGGACACUGCUGCUCACAGUCAACGCCACCGACCCAGAUGAGGGAGUCAACGGAGAAGUGACAUACUCAGUCAGAUACUUCAAAGACGAAGCUUCCGAGAUUUUCCAUCUGGAUUCUCUCACAGCGCAACUCUUUACUCAAGAAACCCUGAACUUUGAAGAGUCUGCAGUCUAUGAAAUGGAAAUUCAAGGACAGGACGGUGGUGGUCUCCUAACCAGAGCGAAAGUGCAGGUUACAGUUCUGGAUGUGAAUGACAACACCCCAGAGGUUAUUGUCGCUUCCUUAACCAGGUCGGUCCCGGAACUCUCACCUCCUGGGACCGUGAUUGCCCUUUUAAAUGUGCAUGAUCGGGACUCCGGGGACAAUGGUCGAGUCACAUGUUCCGUUCCCGAACAUCUACCCUUUAAAUUAGAAAAAUCCUACGGAAAUUAUUACCGUUUGAUGACAGUCAGCGCCCUAGACCGGGAGCAGAUCUCUGAGUACAACGUCACUGUGACAGCCACGGACGAAGGGAUUCCACCGUUGUCUACAAACAUCCACAUUUCCCUACACGUGGAAGACAGCAAUGACAACCCACCCAGCUUCCGCCAGACAUCCUACUCUGCCUACAUAUGUGAAAACAAUCCUAGAGCGGCUUCCAUUUAUUCAGUGACAGCUAGUGACCCGGACAGUGGGGAAAACGCCCAUAUCACUUACUCUAUUGAGGAAGAUACUAUCCAUGGGACUCCUCUCUCCUCCUAUGUCUCCGUUAACUCUGAGACUGGUGUAGUCUAUGCUCUGCGCUCCUUCGAUUAUGAACAGUUCCGGGACAUGCAGCUGCAAGUAACUGCCCGGGACUCUGGGAACCCUCCUCUAAGCAGAAGCGUGUCUCUGACUCUCUUCAUCCUAGAUCAGAGUGAUAACGCCCCGGAAAUCCUGUACCCUACCUUCCCAACAGAUGACUCCACAGGAGUGGAGCUGGCUCCUCGCUCUGCAGAGCCAGGCUACCUGGUGACCAAGGUUGUGGCAGUGGAUGGAGACUCUGGCCAGAACGCCUGGCUGUCCUAUCGCCUUCUCAAAGCGUCAGACCCAGGGCUCUUCUCCAUAGGCCUGCACACGGGUGAAAUCAGGACAGCUCGGGCUUUCCAUGACAAAGACUCCCUCAAGCAGAGUCUAGUGGUGGCAGUCACUGACAAUGGGGAACCACCCUUAUCUGCAAUAGUCAGUGUCACAGUGGCUGUGGCUGACAGCAUACCGGAAAUCCUCUCAGACCUUAGCAACCUGAACGCCUCUGAAGACCAAGAAGACUCAAGUGUCACACUCUACUUGGUCAUUUCUGUGGCUACUAUUUUCUGCCUUUUCUUUAUAUUCAUUAUAGUCUUACUGGCACUCAGGCUUCACAAGUGGAGGAUUUCCAAACCGUUGGAAUCAGCCAAUGGGCAUUUUGCAGGAGUCCCUGCUUCACAAUUUGUGGGCACUGAUGGAGUUAGAGCUUACCUCAAGACCUACUCGCAUGAGGUUUCCCUCACCAUGGGUUCUCAAAAGAGCCAGAUAUUCUUUCCUCAGCCUAACUAUGCAGAUACUUUAAUUAGUCAAGAGAGUCAUGAGAAAAAGGACUCUCUUUUGGUAUCAGAUUGUAUGCCUGGUACAGUUUUAGUCCAAAAUGAUCAGACCUGUCUCCAGCACAAUAUCAUCUGCAAACAGAAGCACCUGUAG